AUGAGUCUCCCCCAAUCUUACAAACACGCCGUUUUCAAGGAGGCCGGAGGUCCUCUCACAGUGGAACAGACAUCUUUGGUCUUACCUGCAGCAGGUGAGGUCUUGGUUAAAGUUGAAGCAUGUGGUGUUUGCUUCUCCGAUCAUCUUGCCCAGUCCUACGGCUUGCGUGGGUCCUUCCCUAUCACGCCGGGUCACGAGAUCAUCGGGAAAGUAGCCGCGGUUGGUGAUCGCGUUUCCCAAUGGCAAAUUGGAGAUCGUAUUGGUGGGGCCUGGCAUGGAGGCCAUGAUGGUACUUGUCCCGCAUGCCGGAAGGGGCAUUAUCAAAUGUGCGACCUCGGAAUAAUAAAUGGUGUGACGAAGAACGGAGGAUAUGCUGAAUACUGUAUUUUGCGCGCAGAGGCCGGGGUCCGAAUCCCCACUCAUGUUGAAGCCGCCAAAUAUGCCCCUGUGCUCUGCGCUGGAGUAACCGUGUUCAACUCGAUGCGCCGGAUGAAUGUCCCGCCAGGCUCAAUAGUUGCAAUUCAAGGGCUGGGUGGCCUAGGUCACUUGGCGAUUCAGUAUGCCAAUCGAUUUGGAUGGCGUGUUGUGGCGCUCUCUCGGGAUUCCCGAAAAGAAAAAUUCGUUCGCGAUCUCGGCGCCCAUGAGUAUAUUGAUGGUAGCAAGGAAGACCCGGCUGAAGCAUUGCAGAAACUUGGUGGUGCGUCGCUGAUUGUCACAACUGCCCCCGACCCGAAGGUGAUUCCACCAUUGUUGAAGGGACUUGAUAUCCUGGGAAAGCUUCUGGUCCUUGCUGUUCCUGGGGAGUUGGUAUUUGACACAAAGCUGAUGAUUCCACGAGGAUUGUCUGUACACGCCUGGCCAAGCGGCCAUGCCUUGGAUUCCGAAGAGACCAUUCAAUUCAGCGAGUUGCAAGGGGUAAAUUGUAUGGUUGAAACUUUCCCAUUGGAUAAAGCCAAGGAGGCAUACGAAGCCAUGACCAAAGGUACAGUGAGGUUCCGUGCCGUGUUCACAAUGGAAUGA